AUGGUUGCAAUCAAGUGUUCGCCUAGAGUGACCUGCUUUCUGCUCCUCCAAGCCACCGCUCUCGUAUCUGCGCAAGUCGCUACUCCAACUGCGUCUUCACAAAGUACCGAGUACUCAUUCCUCGGCCCCGUGGAGACACUCAUCGAGUCAAUAGAGAGGUCAGCCUCUCAAGCGGCCACUACAGUUCUUUCAGGAGUUACGGCAGCGUCUGCAACGGCUAGCAGCGCAGCUCAAACUUACACCAUCUCCGUUGGAAUCGACCACAAGUACAGGCCGGAUGUUAUUCAGGCAAGCGCCGGCGACUCUGUCGAGUUCCGCUUCUACCCUAGGAACCAUUCCGUUGUGCGAGCGGAAUACAUGUUUCCAUGCAUACCGUACGAGAUGACAGGCCGAGGCAAGGUUGGCUUCUACUCUGGCUGGGAGGCUACCGAGGCUAUACUCGACGAUCCUCCAACCUGGAACCUUCUCAUCAACGACACCGACCCGAUAUUCUUCUACUGCUCCGUUCCGGGCUCUUGCGACGACUAUGGCAUGGUGGGCGUAAUAAACCCGAACAGAACCACUUCGCUAGAGACACAGCGCGGCCUUGCCCUACAAGCAGCCUACGUCCUCAAUCCGGGCGACCCCUUCCCCGCCGAAGCAUCCUCCUCGAUCGCCUCGCUCGGAUACGGCUACCCGACUGUUACCCCCGGCUCCUCUCCAACCGGCGCGACAACCAGCCCAACCGCUGCCGCCUCCACCGGCGGCACGAAGCUCGGCACUGGCGCCAUAGUUGGCAUCGCCAUCGGCGGCGCAGUAAUCCUCCUCCUCGCAGCCGCGCUCUUCUACUUCUUCGGGCGCAGCCGCUCGUUGAAGCAACAGCUCAACCGGGACUCCGCGACUGUGCCAACCUCAACGUCGCACCAGUUUGCCUCGCCACCCAUGUCCCCUGCCCCGCAUCACAGCCCGGACAUGUACCAGUCCGGUGGCGCGGUGUUCGUGCCCGUGCAUCCCAAAGACUAUAGAGGUAGCACCAUAAGCAACCCGUAUGAUGUCCCGCCAUACUCGGAGGAUCCGAUGCGCGCUGCUAGCCCGAGGUCGGAGCUGGGCGGGUACAGCCAUCCGGGGCCGGGCAGUCCGCAAGGGCCGCAGGAGAUGUACGCGCCAUUUCCACAGCAGGGGAAGGCGAGUAUGUAG